CAUGGGAAGUAAGAAAUGAUUUUGAGUUUCUUUGCAGGAGCCUCACAUGAGCUAUUCCAGGUGCAACAAGCUGAGAUGACACAGACUGUAUCGACCGGAGACACAGUCACCUUGAGUUGCAGGGUACCAGAUUCGUUCCCCAAAGGACCUGUCUUAUGGUUCAAGGGAACUGGGCCACACUGGGAAUUAAUCUACAAUUUCAAAGGAGGCAUCUUUCCCAGAGUAAAAGAAAUCGGACGCACCACCAAAGCUGGCAACACAGACUUUUCCAUCCACAUCCGUGAAAUCUCUCUUGCAGACGCCGGCACCUACUACUGCGUGAAGUUCAAGGAGGGGCAACCUGACCUGGAGUUCCAGUCAGGUCCAGGCACUGAGGUGUUUGUGACUAGAACAAGCAGUCAUAUUGCCCCAGGUGCUCCUGAGAGACAUCUUAUGACCAUGAGGGGAACCAAGUUGAGGAAAAAUCUGCUCUAGAGAAGUGCAAAGAUACAAAGAAUGUGGGUUGACGACAUUGCACCGCCAUAUUGUUCCUGGUUCCAACCCCACUUCUGGACCUCCAGUUAUGGGAGAGAAAACAUCUCCUUGUUAAGCCAGUUUGCUGAAAGUUACCACUGUCCUAAGGGAUGCCAGGUGAUAAAGUUCCCACAUCCACGGAGCACUAAAGUACGAUUUCAAAUCAUG